AUGCUGCGCCGAGCCGCCUUCGGCCGCAGGGCGGCGCUCUCCGCCGCGGCGGCGACCGUCGACUCCGCCUUCGUGGAGGCGCGGAAGAAGCUGGCCCCCACCAUCGGUCCCCCCGCGACGACGCCCAUCCCCUCCAACUCCAAGCGCACCGUCGACGACCUCCUCCUCCUCACCGGCAAGUCCGACGACGCCUCCAGCAGCAAGCAGGCUGAUCUCUCCGGGUCAUGGAGGACGCAGCGCGCUCUUCCUAUGGGCGCAGCAGCUGCAUCCGACGCUCUGCCGUGGGAGGCGCCGUCCCGUGAGACUCUGCUGAGGACAAUCGAUGCCGCGCUCGACGGCGGCAAUGUCGACGAUGCUGUGCAGGCGCUUGCCAAUUACAAGACCCUGCACGGCCUUCCUGAGCCGCGGGUGCUGGACCGGAUGAUCCUGACGCUGUCCUAUGCGUCUAGCAGGAGGUGGCUUCAGAGAGCGUUCGAUUUGGUUCUGUCGGUGUAUCGUCGCAACGGCAAUCUUCUUAACCGUGGCUCGCUGACGAGGCUUGCGCUGGCACUUGCGAGGGAUCAGAUGCCGGUUCCAGCCUCCGCGGUGGUGAGGAUUGUGCUGGAGAGUGGCAGGCUCCCUGAUGUGGAUAUGCUGACCAUGGUGUUUUUGCAUAUGGUGAAGUCGCAGGUUGGGUCCUAUCUUGCUGCCGAUGUUUUGUGCGAGACCUGCGAGUGCUUCUUGGACCAAAUCGGAGAUAGACGGCAGCUGAAAAAACUGGAUCCGAUAAAGAGUAAUGUUACCAUGUUUAAUAUGGUUUUGAAGUCAUGUGUCGACUUCAGAUGCAUGAUCAAGGCCCAAAAGAUAUUGGAGCUUAUGUCACUAGUUGGGAUUGUGGCUGAUGUAACCACUGUGGUCAUCGCUAGCCGUGUCUUUGAGAUGAUUGGGCAACGGGAUGAAUUGAUGAACAUGAAAAGAAGCAUUGAUUCUUUUUCAUCUUUGCCAUUCAUUGAGCACUAUCAACAUUUCUAUGAAAGUCUGCUGAACCUGCAUUUCAAAUAUAAUGACAUGGAUGCCGCUGCUCAGCUUUUGGUGGAUCUUUAUCGACAACAAAAGCCUCGUUCUUUCCUUGGUGAUAGUAUCCAUAAACAGGGUAUUAUUCAGAUUGGCUCUGGCAACCUAAAAACUGGAUACCGAAUAGUGUUUGACCCUGUAAAAGUGGACAAAGGUUUUGUUUUGGAUACAGCAAGUCAAUUCGGCCUUAUUGCUGUUAUUGAUGGAAAUAUUCUUCCUAGUGAGAAGGCUCUUGCUAAACUUAUUGUUGGCUGUUUGAAAGAGAAUAAAGUGCGUACAUUGUCUAACUUUCUGAUUACAUUGCACAAGGAAGAUCUGAAGGGUCCAUCUCUUUCAGAUAUAAUUAAUGCAUGCAUUCAGAUGGGAUGGUUGCAUGCUGCUCAUGAUACCCUGGAUGAUUUAGAAUCAGCUGAGAUUCCUGUCCAAACUGGUACUUACAUGUCUCUUUUGAGAGCAUAUGAGAAGGAGAAUAAACCAGAAGAAGUCAAUAGGUUUCUCCAACAGAUACAAAAGAAAGCAUAUACGAUGGGUGUUUUUUCUCAUACUAAUCCAUCAUUUACCAUAAAGGAUGUUGCUGAAAUAUCGAAGGAUAAGAUGCCCCUCCUAAAUUCAUCUUUGCUUUCCAGUUUGUUUGAAGAAAUAGAACAUUACAGCUCCCAAGAGCAUUUAACUUUUGAGUUCAAUAAUUCAAUUCUUUUCUUCUGCAAGGCAAAUAUGAUGGAAGAUGCUUUGAGAACAUAUAAGCGCAUGAGAGAGCAAAAUAUAAGACCCAGUCUGCAUACCUUUUGCCACAUACUGUGUGGAUAUUCUUCACUAGGCAUGCAUAGGGAGAUUACCAUACUGUGGGGAGAAAUAAAGCGCAGAGUUGAAUACGGAGAGAUAGAUUUGGAUAGAGACUUGCUUGACUGCGUGAUUUUUAAUUUCCUCAAAGCUGGCUAUUUUGGAAGAGUGAUGGAGGUUAUAAGUUAUCUGUCUAAACAUAAAAUGUACUGUGACAAGUGGAAAUACAGACAAGUCUUUUUAAAGCUACACAAGAAUCUCUAUAGAAAUUUGAAUUCGUUACAUGAAAAAACAGAAGAUCAGAGUAAGAGGAUUGAAGAUGUCAGAGCUUUCAGAUCGUGGGCAGGCAUCAAAUAGAUAAAACGACUGCAGCAUUGUACUCCUUCUGCAUUUCGAGAACACCUUGUGUAUGCACAUCUGUACAGAAUUCUUUCCCGAUGGAACAUCAUCAGCAUCUGCAGUACAAUUUUGUGUUGUCCUUUUGAGCCUUUGAGUUUAUUUCUGAUGGUUGGAUCUAGUUCCUUAGAACUCACUGUAACAUCUAAUCUGUAUGUGUUUUUCUCUUCUUUUUGGUGUAAAUUGCUUAUCUUUUCGUUCAUCUGUUUUGGCAUGAAUCACGAAUCCGACAGAGGCACAUAUUUCCUCUGCAUGUUCCAGCCAGGCCAUCCUGACAUAGGAUAGGAAAUCAUUUUGUUGCUUCAAUCUGUCAAGCAAUUAUUUUUGUGGAGAGCCAACUCCCUGAGACCCUGACCAUACUUCACAAGCAAUAUCAGUUGCGCCAGCCGCAAAUGGCCUGAUGGGGCUUUGACAGAGCAAUUGCAGUCCAGACCAGACUGGUUACUACAGUAGGCACUGGUAAUUGGAGUGGCUUGUUUCCUACAUUAGGAUUGACAAUAAUGUUGGGGAUUUCUGCAGUUGCUGGGUGUAAUAUCCAGCCGGCAAUCGAAUUGAUCGGUUGGUUCCUUGUAAUAUUAAUCAAUUCAAAUACUCAAAUGCGGGAGCACGACGAUGUUGAUGCAAGCAAUCGUAUUAUGUAGGUCUUGUAUUGCAGGCCCAAUGAAUCCUGGACUCAUGCAAGUGACAAGUAAGUGCCUGAUUAGAUUCAGGGACUUUUUUAUAGUCCUUUGUCACAUCGGACGUUUGGAGAGUAUUAAAUAUA